AUCUUGCUGCGGUUCUUCAUCUUUGAGCGGUCAUCCCGGAAGACUGUCCAGGCGACGAUGUUGCGGUAAAACAAGUGAGCUAAGUGCUUUCGAUUUCUGUUUUAUUCAGCAGUUAUCUGUGGUUUUAGGUGGCAUAUAUCCCCCUCUUGUUUGCUGCUACUUGCUGUCGUAGGUUACUUACAUCAAAAAUGUUUGCUUUCGUACUUAUUCACUGUGCUAGCAAGUGGAACUAACUUGUUUGAAGGUAAGUUAGCCGCUUUAAGCUAACAUACUGGGGUAGCUAGCAGCCGUAGAAACUAAUUAGCUAAUUAAUACCUGACGUGAGCUUGUUUACAACAUUUAAACGAGUCUGAACAGCGAUUCUGGUUGUUGUUUUGGGCCUGUUUUGCUCUUUUUAGCCACUAGUCGACAGAGUUAGCAUGCUAGCACAUACCUAACUCCAGCAGCGUUGUUUGUUUUUUAACACAAGUGUUAAAGGAGUCAUGGGGUCUGUAGCUUAUCAGGGUUGGCAAAGAUUUAUAGACAAUGUGGUCGAUCAUAAUAAGUGUGUUGUGCGCAUGUGGAGAGAAUUGAAGCUCACCCAGUGAUUGUGAUUCACAGGGAUAACAAUGGUCCAGUCGUCUGACCAAGAGUGUUUCUGCUAAAAUCUGAUCUCACACUGCAAGAAUCUUUCAAUAAAUGAUUCACUGCUUGAGCGUUUUCAGGAGGCACAUUGUCUGGCUUGUUAAAUCUGUAAAUCAGAGUCGUGCAUUAAGUUAAAAUCCUGCAUCAUAAGGCACGACAAAAUAGUCCUUCUUUGAAAUAUUAAAUACACUAUGACAGCUUGAUGAAAAAAUGUUUAAAAAGGCAAUAAGUUAACAAUUCUACUUUAGAAAACCUUGUCAGAAGUUAUGCAUCCAAACCACAGUGAGGGUAUUAAAGUCAUGAGACUCUAGAGGUAGUGAGGGAGAGUUAUUCUCUGCUGUUUUUAUCUAUUUCCAACAGUGUUAUCAGACAUGCACGGUGUAGAGCAAUGUUCACUGUGAUUAAGUGCAUGAAAAUGAAGGAAAGUCUCCUGCAAUACAUUGUUUGUUGUUAAAAGUUGUUAUAUCUGCUCUAGUGAUGCUUUGUCGUGUCGUACAGAAAAAAUAGUGUUGUCGACCUAUCUUAGGAAUCUGGAUUUUCAGCUUUCUGUUUCUCAAAUCAAAGUGUCUCAGCCUAUCUUUAUAAUAUAAAUGUCUAUUGUUGCAUGGCUAACAUUCAUUAUUUAAAACUCUCUUAACACACUUUUCUGGUUGCUUUUUGCUCCUGUCAGUGGCCUCAUUUAUUUUUUUUUUACUGCAUUAUAAAAUCCUGCUCUUCCAUGAAAACAACACUGUCAUGACUAAAAGGAGAAAUGUCUUCUGUGCAAAAUGACACCGUUGUAAUGUCAUAACACAGAAUGUCAUAACGUUCCUUAUUCUUGCAAAUCAAAAAUAAGGAAUGUUUCUGUAGUUACUUCUUUUAGUUAAUAAAUCCUGGAGUCGACGGCGUUUUUUCCUGGUGAUCACAGGUGUUAGCAGUGGGCAAAAAUGGUUGUAGUGUAUGCGAUAGAAGAUACGUAUUUUCAUGUUUGCAUUGUUUAUUAAUUCCCAUACAUGUUUCCUGUCUGUUCUGUGGAAACAGUGCCAGCAGUCUAUCUGAAAAGUCCUGAGUUUUGCUGAAGGGACUAGUGACUUCUCAGUUGUGUGGAGUGGUGCAGAAUUUUUACUUUUUUACAGAAGCGGGCUCAUGCAAACAGUUUAUUUUUGUCAAAUGUUUAACAGAGGAAAAAAGUGAUUUUGAUUAAAUAUCACACAAUCUAGAGUUUAGCUUUGUUUAUUUUUUCAGCUAAACACAGGAUACAUUCAAGGAUUGUAAGCUUCUGGCUCUGAUAAAUGGUGCAGUUUUGGUGGUUUAUGUAAAAACAACAUGCUUCAAACCGAGUUAGUGUGCUGUUACAUCCUUGUUUGUGCAGAAACGCAAGCUUUGACAAAAAGCCAACGUUCUCCUCCUAGUUGCAGGUGGAGUUUGCUGUCCAGCAGCAGGAAUGCCAGGUGGAGAGUACGGGGAGCUCGGAGGCAGCAUCCCUGCCAUCGCCUCCCUCAAUGCUUCCUACUCCACAUCGCUGUCCAUCCCUUCACCGUACAUGCUGGUGCCACCUGCAGAGCGAAAGGUUAUUUCCGAUGUCCGCCGAACCUUCUGCCUCUUCGUCACGUUCGACCUCCUCUUCAUCUCGCUUCUGUGGAUAAUCGAGCUGAACAUCUCCAGCUCAAUCUGGGAAAGCUUAGAAAACGAGGUCGUCCAUUACAACUUCAGGUCUUCCUUCUUCGACAUCUUCCUCCUCGCCUUGUUUCGUUUCCUGUGUCUCCAAGUUGGUUACGCCGCUUUUCGGUUGAAGCACUGGUGGGUCAUCGCGGUUACAACACUGGUGACCAGCGUCUUCCUCGUCGUUAAGGUCACCGUGUCUAAUCUCCUGUCCCAGAAUGCCUUUGGCUACGUUCUACCCAUCACCUCGUUUGUGGUGGCCUGGUUGGAGACCUGGUUCCUCGACUUCAAGGUGCUCCCACAGGAGGCCGACGAUGAAAGAGCCUACUUGGCGGCGGUGAACGCAGCCUGCGAACGGGCCCCGAUGAUCUACCCUCGAGCUGUUUCAGACGGACAGUUCUACUCUCCACCUGAAUCCAUCGCAGGGUCUGAGGAGGAUCUGGACGAGGAGGGACUCGGUCGCAAAGCCGUCACCACUCAGGAGAAGGAGUACGUCAGACAGGGCCGCGAGGCGAUGUCAGUGGUCGAACAGAUCCUCGCCCAGGAGGAAAACUGGAAAUUCGAAAAGAACAAUGACAUGGGGGAUUCUGUGUACACUCUGGAGAUUCCCUACCACGGAAAGACUUUCAUCUCAAGGUACAAAAUUCCUCCGAUUAUUCAGUGUCUCAACCAAACGGAUCGUGUUCCAGAAGUGACUCAAAGGUGUCAUGUUUCGACUCAUGAGACUGAAUUUUGUCAUGUUGAAAUUUACAGCCUUGUUUUGUGGUCGUUGUUUUUUUUUUUUCAGGCCUUAAUGCAGUGUCCCGCUGAGCUCGUGUAUCAGGAAGUGAUUCUGCAGCCAGAGAAGAUGGUUCAGUGGAACAAAACUGUUUCUGUCUGCCAGAUCCUUCAGAGGAUCGACGACAACACUCUGGUGUCCUAUGAUGUGUCCUCUGGUGCAGCAGGCGGAGUCGUGUCUGCGAGGGACUUUGUUAACGUUCGGCGAGUGGAGCGCAAACGAGACUGUUACCUGUCUGCUGGCAUGGCAACCAACCAUGACGCCAAGCCUCCGUGCGGCCGCUAUGUCAGGUCAGAAAAUGGGCCUGGAGGAUUUGUGGUCCUCAAAUCCAGCAGCAACCCAUCCGUCUGCACCUUCAUCUGGGUCCUCAAUACAGACUUGAAGGGCCGCCUGCCUCGCUACCUCAUCCACCAGAGCCUGGCCGCCACCAUGUUUGAAUUCAUGUCACAUUUACGCCAACGUAUCGCCGACCUGCGUCCCUCUCUGCGCUCCCACCACCAUCACCACCACCACCACCAUGUCUAAAGAGAUUUGAAACGGUGCCACGGCUGGUUGGGAAGUAUCACUGCUAUUUUUUAAUUGUUUUGUUUUUGGAUGCACGAAAACAGUCAUGUGAUGCCUCCUCAGCUGAAGGGAGUGUAACAGAGAAGACUGCACUCCUCGGAGCAGGAGACGUGACACAUUUCAGACAAGGAGGAAUCAUAAAAGACUUUCUUCCUCCUUAUCGUGAAACUAUACUUUUUAGAAGUGUGAUCACAUGCAUAUGUUGGCGUUGGACCUGUAACUGGUUUGCAUUGUUUCUCGCCACGCGGUGAGAACUUUAUUGAAGACUUGGAUGAAAAAGGAGACACUUCUGACUGCAGCAUCUGUCUGAAUUGUUACAAAAAAAAAACCCAUUUGCACGUCUGAAGCAGCUGUUUCUCUGAGCCUUAUCUCGCCACCACUGAUCUGCUGCUUUUUCAUUUACAUUAUUAUAUAUUAAGUUGCCUACACUUCACAGCCAUAUUUUAAUUUGAAUGGGUUAAAGCUAUUUCCACACUGUUGAUUCUUCUUUACUGCACUGUGAUAGAUGGAGGAGGUGCUCUGCUGUCUGAUCACCACUAGAGGGAGACACCACUGAUCCUCACAGUGAAUAAAGCUUCUGGUCUGAGGCCUUUUACUGCUCCUCGGUGCAAAAACCUACCAUUUAACCAAGUAUUACUGUGGGUUUUAAAUACUGCGUUGUUUUGCACUUUGGGAUCAGACAGAAGAUCAAAUUAGCCUCAUGAUUAUGCUCGUAAAUUGGAACACUCUUUGCUUCAAAAAGCUCUAUUUUGUGCCAGUAACCCCAAGUGGCCUUGUGGUAAAAUAGCUGAGCUCAUUAUCUGUCACCAGAAGUUGUUACUGUACUGAUGUAAUUACAAUUAACUCACACACUGGCCUCCAUUCAGGCCCUGACAUGCUUCGCCAAAUGAAGUUUUCAUUUCUUACAUUUAUGGAGCAUUUCAUAGUUUUAAUCAUGCCUCCAGCUUAGGUUUUCUAUUAAACUCUGCAUAUCAGUGCAAUGUACCUCAAAAAAACACUGUUUAUAAACGCAAAGUGGUUCAAAUUUCUGUAGAGACAGUCGGUCUUUGUUGUGCUUUCAAAGAGAACUCGGUUCAUUCUUUAAAGGACCGUGUUUUAGCUGCAAAAUCCACAUGGCUUUGAGGAAUUUUACUUGUGGAUUUUUCUUCUACACUAACCCCAAAACAUGCAGUUAACCAGGAUCAUUUAUCAGGACUGAUUUUUAUCUACUCACUGUACAGAAGGAAUGUCAAAUGAGAAUAACUAACGAUAUCAAUAAUUCUGUGCCUUUAUCGCGUUAACAUUACACGUCGGCCUUUUCUUUUGCUUUGCUACAUGCUGUUAAAUCUGUGCUUGAAACGUUGAAAUGAAGGUGUAAUACAGACAUAUGAAACCUGCUUAGAGUUCUUAAGUUGCUGUUUUCUUGAGUAGUUUUUGAAUGUCUGUAAAUCAUUCGUCGCAUGUUAAUUUAAAGCCAUCACCACUGACCAACAGUUUUUACUCGGUCUUAACCAGUGUCUUAUGUCUAAUAAAAAUAUGAAUUUACA